AUUUUCAUAUUUUAGACUCAUGGAGGUUCAAGGAUUGGCAGUACAGAAACGAUGAUGAUGAUUCCGAUUCAAGUUAUCAAGCUGAAGUAGUAACACAUAAGUCCACUGUUAUUGAGGAAAUUGCUAUUAAAGAGCCAAACCUCUUUGCUCAGCCGGAUCGUCCUGCUCUUAAAAAACCUGGUGCACCGAGUCGUUUACGAUUGGUUAAAGGUGCCUCUUCAUCUAGAAUUGUGGCUGAUGAGCUUCCAUCGAGAUUAACCGAUGAUAGUGAUAGUGACACCGAUAUUCAAUAUCGUGACGAUUUCAUAUCACAAGCACCAUAUCGUGGAAUAGAUGAUAUCAUAAGUAAACUUUCAAAAUUUCUUAAUUAUAAUAUGAAAGGAUUAUUACUUAAUUUCGAAAUAUCAUUCAUCAUUAGACGAGACACUUUUGCUAAAAGAUUUGAUGUUCCUGACCCGGUGGACGAUAUACCAAAUCAAACAUCAGAUGAUCGUAUGCGUUUAAUGCAUAAAGUCAGCAUAAAAUUAGAGAGGAAAUUGAGCGAACGACCAUCGGCAAAAGAAUUAGAGCAGCGAAAUAUUCUGAAAUCGUCUGAUGCUUCAAUAUCUUCUAAAAAAGCAAUGGAUGAAACACGAAAAAUGUUGCUUCGAAAGCUCAGUUUUCGACCAACCAUUCAAGAAUUGAAAGACAAACAAAUAAUAAAAUUUAAUGAUUAUGUAGAAGUAACAGAAGCAGAAUUUUAUGAUCGGAAAGCCGAUAAGCCUUGGACGAGACUAACACCGACUGACAAGGCACUGAUUCGUAAAGAGCUGAAUGAUUUUAAGGCAAAAGAAAUGGAUGUUCAUGAAGAAAGUCGAAUUUUUACGAGGUUUCAUCGUCCCUGA